CAAAGGUGGAUUCCUGGAUCUGAUUCCGGGGCAGCCCUGUGAUUUGCUCCACGCACGUCUGCCGAAGCAUUUCUCUCCCCCAGGGCGGUGGGCGGCAGCGUUUGGAGACAGGAAGCCAAGAGUUAAUGGUUGGAACACACACGUGCAGCUUUCAGGGGCUGCUUCAGAGCUGCCGACAUCCAGCGUGAAACGUGGGUGAGUAAUUCUUACCAAGAGCGAGAGUUCAUCCCUGGUAACCCGCACCGGCGGCUCUGGGUGCCAUUCAGUGUGGGCAUUGCCCGGCUGCCUUGCUCUCCCCGCCCUCCGUGCUCCGCCCAGCAGCCAGGUUAUUUUCAGCAACGGCGCUCUCCGAUUCUAAGACUGCAAACCUGCUCCUGAAAGAAUACGAUGAGCAGCAAAGGAAGAGGUGGGGUUGGGGUGUCGCGGAGCCGCGCAGCCGGGCGGCAGGGAGUGUCGGGGGAGGGCCUAGGUUUGGGGCGCCCGCCCGCGGUGACGCGCGCCCCCCGCCCGCUGCAGCGCCACUGCAAUGGCCGAGCGGGACCUUCAGACGCCGCCGCCCGCCCGCGGGGAGCCUCGGUGAGUGAGAAAAUGUAGCGGAGAGGCAGCGAGGCGACACCUGCCCCAGCUUGGCGUGGACAGCCCAGCCCAGACAGGCGGCUCGCCCCCGGCGCCCCUCGGCCCCCCACCAUGUCCAAGAAGGGCAUGGGCAGCCGAGCCAAGGGGGACAAGGCCGAGGUCCUUGCCGCGCUGCAGGCCGCCAACGAAGAGCUGCGGGCCAAGCUCACGGACAUCCAGAUUGAGCUGCAGCAGGAGAAGAGCAAGGUCAGCCGGGUGGAGAGAGAGAAGAACCAGGAGCUGAAGCAGGUGCGCGAGCACGAGCAGCACAAGAACGCGGUCCUGCUCACGGAGCUGAAGAGCAAGCUGCACGAGGAGAAGAUGAAGGAGCUGCAGGCCGUGCGCGAGACGCUGCUGCGCCAGCACGAGGCCGAGCUGCUGCGCGUCAUCAAGAUCAAGGACAACGAGAACCAGCGGCUGCAGGCGCUGCUGCACGCCCUGCGCGACGGCGGCCCCGAAAAGGUCAAGACCGGGCUGCUGUCCGAGGCCAAGGAGGAGGCCAAGAAGGGGUUCGAGGUGGAGAAGGUGAAAAUGCAGCAGGAGAUCUUGGAGCUCAAGGGGGCCAAGCGGCAGGUGGAGGAGGCGCUGACGAUGGUCAUGCAGGCCGACAAGAUCAAGGCCGCAGAGAUACGGAGCGUGUACCACCUGCACCAGGAGGAGAUCUCCCGCAUCAAGAAGGAGUGUGAGCGUGAGAUCCGCAGGCUGAUGGAGGAGAUAAAAUUUAAGGACAGAGCAGUCUUCGUGCUGGAGAGAGAGUUAGGGAUUCAAGCCGGGCAUGCUCAGAGACUGCAGCUCCAAAAAGAGGCUCUAGAUGAGCAGCUGUCCCAGGUCAAAGAGGCUGAUCGGCACCUGGGCAGCCCCAGACGGGAACUUCCUUAUGCAAGCGGUGCAGGAGACACCUCAGACCACUCGGGAAGCCCUGAACAGCAGUUGGAUGAAAAGGACGCCCGGCGUUUCCAACUUAAAAUCGCAGAGCUAAGCGCCAUCAUUCGGAAACUCGAGGACCGGAACGCCUUGCUGUCGGAAGAGAGGAAUGAGCUGCUAAAGCGUUUAAGAGAAGCUGAAAGCCAGUAUAAGCCGCUGCUGGAUAAAAACAAGCGCCUCACUCGGAAAAAUGAGAGUCUCUCACACACGCUGCGUCGGAUGGAAAACAAGUUAAAAUUUGUCACUCAGGAGAACAUAGAAAUGAGACAAAGAGCCGGGAUCAUAAGGAGACCCAGUUCCUUAAACGACCUGGAUCAGAGUCAAGAUGAGAGAGAAAUUGACUUCUUGAAACUCCAAAUUGUGGAGCAGCAGAACCUCAUAGACGAGCUGUCCAAGACCCUGGAAACGGCCGGCUACGUGAAGAGCGUGCUAGAGCGUGACAAGCUUUUGAGAUUCCGGAAACAGAGGAAGAAGAUGGCCAAGCUGCCCAAGCCGGUGGUCGUGGAGACCUUCUUCGGAUACGAUGAAGAGGCUUCCCUGGAAUCUGACGGCUCUUCCAUAUCCUACCAAACCGACAGGACGGACCAAACCCCGUGCACCCCAGACGAUGACCUGGAGGAGGGCAUGGCCAAGGAGGAGACGGAGCUGCGGUUCCGGCAGCUGACCAUGGAGUACCAGGCCCUGCAGCGCGCGUACGCCUUGCUGCAGGAGCAGGUCGGAGGGACGCUGGACGCAGAGCGAGAAGUUAAGACCCGUGAGCAGCUCCAAGCAGAAGUGCAGAGAGCGCAGACACAGAUAGAGGACCUGGAGAAGGCCCUGGCCGAGGAGGGCCAGGACAUGAAGUGGAUCGGAGAGAAGCAAGCCCUGUACCGGAGAAACCAAGAGCUUGUGGAACAGAUUAAGCAAAUGGAGACGCAAGAGGCUCGGUUAAAACACGAGGUCCAGGAUGUGAAAGACCAGAACGAGCUGCUGGAAUUCCGGAUCUUGGAACUGGAGGAGAGAGAGAGGAAGUCACCCGCCAUCAACUUCCACCACAUCCCCUUCGUGGACGGCAAGAGCCCCCUGCAAGCGUACUGUGAGGCGGAAGGCGUGACGGACAUCCAGGUCACAGAGCUGAUGAAGAAGCUGGACAUCUUGGGGGACAACGCCGUAAGUAAUCUGACCAAUGAAGAGCAAGUGGUCGUCAUACAAGCCAGGACAGUCCUGACCUUGGCUGAAAAGUGGCUCCAGCAGAUGGAAGAGAUGGAGACAGCACUGCAGCGGAAGAUGGUCGACCUGGAGAGUGAGAAGGAGCUGUUCAGUAAACAGAAGGGCUACCUGGACGAGGAGCUGGACUACAGGAAGCAGGCCUUGGACCAGGCUCACAAGCACAUCCUGGAGCUGGAGGCCAUGCUGUUCGACGCCCUGCAGCAGGAGGCGGGGGCCAAGGUGGCCGAGCUGCUGUCGGAGGAGGAGCGGGAGAAGCUCAGGGUGGCCGUGGAGCAGUGGAAGCGCCAGGUCAUGAGCGAGCUGCGUGAGCGAGAUGCCCAGAUCCUGCGCGAGCGCAUGGAGCUCCUGCAGCUGGCACAGCAGAGAAUUAAAGAGUUAGAAGAAAGAAUAGAGGCUCAGAAGAGACAAAUCAAGGAACUGGAGGAAAAGCUUUCAUUCUGUGGUCAUAGCUCGCCCGGGCACCCUGACGUGCCCCCAGAGGAGCCAGACCCCGUCCCUCUGGCUGGACUAGACGGCAGCAGGUGCCGGGGUGGCCAAUGGAGACCGCCUCCGUCAUCCCCGCGGACCCGGGAGGCUCUGGCCUGUGCGGACCCCCUCCUGUUAAGGAAGCGGCCGAGAGGGGGGCUGGAGCUGCUCUGAGCGGGCGCUGUCCACCCUGACGAGCCGGAGCGAGAACUAGUUUCCUGACUGGGCUCCUCGGGAAGAGCUUGGUCUUGGCUACUGGACCCUGGGGUCCCUCCUCGGGGCGCAGCCCCCCAGUCCCAGUUCCAGGGACACGAGUCCCCGAGCCUGCAGCCCACCCCUCCUGGUUCCCGCAGUAGCUGUUACUUGGUCUCCAAGGAGGAUUCUCAGAAAAACGCAGGCGCCCCACAAAAUGACAGAAUCAGGCUAUGGCCGCGAUGGUGACCUGCGUUCCGGACGUCCCGAGGGCGGUCUCCCUGGGCCGCCACAGCUGGGCUACGCUGACGCUGCGACUCGCUCACUGGGGUCCCAAGCACUUACUGAUGGACACGUCACGAUGCCCUCCCUUGUUUGAUGCUGAUGCCCGUGGGCACAGAUGGGGCCGCAGCUGCCACGCUGCUCCAUGCCAACCCCCGCGGCCUCCUGACCACCGGAGAUAUGAAGGCUGAGGCCGCCCUGAGCCUUGGCUGGGAGCCUGGUGGGACUGAACAUGACGACGGCAGGUGGACGACACGGCAGGUCCCCGGACAGGGCUCUGACCUCCUCAUAGAUCCUGGCGGCCACCUCCAGCAGCGCAGCCCAGACUCCAUGGAGGCCUGGGUGCUGGUUGCCGCCCACCCAAGGCCUGAGGGUACAGGGAGCCGAGUGUGGUUGAAGCUGCCCUGUCCAGAACUCUGCCCUUCACACUCAGGGCACCUGGGAAGGUGAGGAGGGAGCCGGACGCCGAGGUGGCGAGCAGAGGAAACCGCACAUGUGGAAGCCAGGUUUGGUGUGGGUUCCCUUCCCGCCGAGGGCUCGGGUCCACAGCCCAGGGACGCCGCCCAGCCCUGGGAUGCAGCCUGACAUCCAGCUCUUCCUCUGCGGGCCUCCCCCCUGGAUGGUCUAAGGUUGUCGCCCUCAGUGCUAAAGAAGUUGCAAGGGGGGGGUGUGUGCGCGUGCGUGUGUGUUUGUGUGCGCGUGCACAAACUUGCUCCACCAGAACACCAUGCACAAGGAUUUAACUCUCUGGGGCACUUAGAAGUCGACACGCCGGGCAGCUAGCCGUGCAGCCAGGUGAGAGCAUAACUCACAACGUUGCAUAGAGGCACACAAACCGCAUCACCGAGAGGCGGGAGGGAGGGUGGCUGCGUUGUCUGGAAGGGUUAGGUUCAGGUUGCAUUUGUGUCGGAACAAAUGCUCAACUCUGGUGGGGACGGGCAGCUGAUUCCCGAGGCUGAAGUGGGGAGAAGCUGACAGGGUCGGAGAGAUGUGCUUUCCCGGGGGAGGGCAGGGUUCCGCUAGGCAAUGCACUAUUCUGCACUUUUGCAAGAAGGACCCAUUUUUUGUUGUCAUUAAGGCCAUGCUUACCAAUUUAUGACUGCACCAUCCUUGCACAUUUGUUGUGCUCAGAACCGAAUGGCAACAACAGCCUGGCCUUAGUAAAAGGCCCAAGGACUUAUGGAUGAACAGACCGAAGUGUGAGGGAGUGUGUGACCCAGGCAUCCAGGGACACCCCAGAAGUCCACGCCCUCCUCUUGUGGGGCCCCCCGGUGCAUACCUACACAGGAGCAGCAGUCAUGCGGGCGGCCGUUCAGGAUCUAAAGAUACGCAUUUGAAACCCAAAGUCACAUCCCUGUCUCCUUGGACUGUUAUGGCUUUGCACGUUGUCCAUACGUCUGGAGUUCUUCAUAUGCCAACCCACCCACCCCAGACACUCUUAAUCACAGCUUAUACAUUUAAAAAGGGCACACUAUUCAGGAGAGAGAACCACGUAUGUAUGCACUGAUGCUUACAAAGUUGUUACAUGUGAAAUGUGUGUACAUAGGAGAGGGAAAACGGCUCAAUCAAUGUUUCAAAUGAUAUUCCAAGCACCAGAGCACAUUUGCAUCCCUGCCGUCUUCUGAGAGCACACGCAAUGUCCGUUUUCCUCUUUCGAUAGCACUGCUUUCAGUUCUGUGUCAGAGGUACCCGCUUUCAUCUGGUUACAAAAGCCAGCAUUUCAGGACUGGGCUUUUGCCAACGCGGCAGAAUACGAGCAUUCGCCACUGAUUCCUGCUGGUCCCGCGAGCACCUGACGAAUGCAAGUAUUUUAAAGAAGGCGCGUUUUCUAAAUCCUAGCGUGUACCUUUUACUCAAGACCACUGGGCUCUUCAAAAGGGGAAAUCUGUGUGGAAAUGCGUUCCUCUGCAGUGGACCAAGAGGGCGGGACCCUGAAACGUUGCCAGAAAUGCUGAAUGUGUAACCAAGACGUCAACAUGUAUGCAGCGUAACGGCUCUCACACGUAGCACUGUGUGCACACCCCGGAACAGCGCACGGCUUCGUUUGUCUAGACCAGAGACCCACGUGAACCGCAGCUUCCUUGCUGACGCGGAUGUGGGUGCACCUCGUUUCCACGGUCUGGGGUGCCAGCUGCUGAAGGACUGUGGUGCUCUGCCCACGUGGAACCCCGAGCUUCAGGACACCCUGUGUGCCUUACACGGCCCUGGAGGUCAGGAAGGAGGGUGUGUGGGGGUGGGUUUGAGGCACUGUCACUUUCACCUGCUUUUGCCAUCAUCGAAACCUUAAGGUGGGCUGUGUGUUUUAACACAGUAAUGGACUUACGUUUAGGCUCAGGAAAUCAAGUUGUAAAUAUAUGUAUCAAAUCAUAUAUUUGUUUACUGCAUAUUUUUUAAAAGCUUGACUGUACGUUUAUGCAAAAACGAAUUGAGGACCUGUUUCCGCCUGGCAAUAUGCCAGCCAGUAUUUGCGUCCCCUGAAAAACUCCUCAAUAACACAUUCUACACAUGUGAUCUGUUCAGUGCUAACCAGUACUCACAGGCCUGACAGAGGUUUGUAUGGCGAUCCACCACAACAUUUUGCACAUAUUUUUGUAUGGUGAUUCCUACGAUGUAUAUCAGAGAAUUUUUACUCAUUUGUAAUUUAUUGUACAGUUUUAAUAAAAAUUGUUAUAAACCUUAGAAUAUCAA